AUGGCAGAUGGUGGUUUCUACAUCACACCACCCAGCAAUGCCAGCACCAGAAUUUUCCCACAAAACACCAGCUCGAACUUCACCAUACAGCUGGUGAGGCCCCCGCAGCUCUUGGGGAAGAGUGAAGAACCUGUCAGUCUGGGUCAAUGGCAUGAGUUGCAAGUGUCUCGCACAGCGAAGAAUGGUAUCCUACAAGUGGACAAACAAAAGCCAGUGGAAGGGAUGGCAGAGGGGGCUUUCACACAGAUUAAGUGCAGCUCUGAAAUAUUUAUUGGUGGAAUCCCUAGUUAUGAUGCUGUGAAGAAGAAUUCUGGGAUCCUCAGGCCCUUCAGUGGGAGCAUCCAGAAGAUUAUCUUGAAUGACCAGACAAUUGAUGUGAAACAUGAUUUCACUUUUGGAUUCAACCUAGCAAAUGCUGCCCACCCCUGUGUGAGCUCACCAUGUGCAAAUGGAGGCACCUGCGUUCCCAAUAAGGACAGAUACGAAUGUGACUGUCCCUUGGGCUUCGAUGGGCAACAUCGCCAAAAAGAGGGUGGAAGUUACUGCCUAAACACAAGUGGGAUGCUGGAUUUCUAUUAA